AGGCCGAGGGCAAGAAGAAGAUGCGCAUGUUUGCCAACAUCCGCGUGCCGCACGAGACCUUCAUCAAUGUGCUCAAGCGGUAGGAUCGAUCCCGACUAGAACAUCACUUCUCGAAGCUGUUUGUGGCCAAUUUAGCGUAAUAUGUUCGAGGAUCGGGACUAGACAAAUAGGUGGAAAAAGAAAGCUAAGAACAUGAUCAACGGCCUGAGCGUUGGCGGUGGUCAGCAGGUGGCGCAAGUGACGCCAACAGGUGCUGCAAUUAAAUUGCACUUUGCCUACAACAACAGCAACAACAGCAGCAGCAAUAACAGCAGCAGCAACAACAACAUCAACUACAGUGGCCUUAAAACAGCGGAGCCAAAAAUGAGCAACAACAAGAACUACACAGGCAGAGCGCUGAAAAUAGUUGAGAAGAUACCGGGAGCAAGUGGAGUAAUCACCGCAACAAGCGGCAACCAAGGAGCAGGAAACCUUGUGGGAUUUUCUCCGGCAACAGCAUCCUAUGUUUCAGGCUUGUCCAGGGAUUUUUUGAUAUCCAGAGAACUUUCCCAAAGAUCAGGAGAUUUCCUGACAGCUGCUGCGAAGAUGGUAUCCCAAAUGGGAGCAAGCGAACUCCGCUGGCUGCCCAUGCCCAGGACCAAAGAAAAGCCAUCUAACGCAGCAGGAGCAGAAACUAAAACAUUAGUCAGAAAAAGGGAUGAACACGGAUCACCUGGUAAAUCAGCCAAAAGUGCCUUAGUUGACCCCCAACCGCAACGCACCGAAGACCAAGAAAAUGCCUUUCGGCGCAUCGAGGAUGUGCACAACUAUGCCAAGUUGCAGGACUGCAGCAGCGACACCGAAGACGAGGACGACGAAGAGGAGGAUCUCGAUGAAGAGGAGGAUGAUGAAGAGGAGGCGGAUAUCCAAGUCCAGUUGCCUGUGCAGCAGGAGGUCACGCGCAUUCGUCGCGAGGCCGCCGAAGAGCAUGUGGACGUGGACGUGGUCACAGUGCCGCAGCAGGAGCAGGAUCAGGAAAGCCAUCAAGUAGAGCCGCAACAGCAACAGCAGGAUCAGGCAACUGAUACCACACGACCGGAGCAUCAUGCCCGCCGCCCCAUGAAUGCCUUCCUUAUAUUCUGCAAGAGACACCGCGGCAUCGUCAAGGAGCGUUACAGAACCUUGGAGAACCGUGCCAUUACAAAAAUCCUGGGCGACUGGUGGGCCGCUCUCGACGAGCAGGAGAAGCACUGCUUCACGGAUCUGGCACAGCAGAACAAAGACGCCUUCUUCAAUGCUAAUCCAAACUUCAAGUGGUACAAACUGCCAGCUCCGCCGCUGCGAACACUGGCUACCCGUCCCAGCAACGCGGCUGCUGGUUUGCUCAUCCCCAGCGAAGAACAGCCACAGCAGCAGGUGCCGGCUUCACUGCAAAUGCAGUGGGCAGAGCGAGGGGAGAUGCCGCGUGCUAUGCUGCGCCCCAACUACUUUAAACUGGCAGACGAAACGCAGAUGGGCGAGCUAAGCUCCCUACUGCAAGUUCAAGUACAAGAGAAGGACUUCGCCCUGCAGCAGGUGCUCAGCGAGACCAGUCAGUUUUUAUCUGCCCACAUGCCAGGUGGCAAUUCAAAUGGCAAUGGCAAUAAGCGCUCCUUGCAGGACAGCAACUCGAGCAACUCCAGCGAAGAGGAGGCGGCCAGUGGUAGCUCGCCCAACAAGAAGGCCAAAUCAUCACGCUCCUGCAAGGGCAAGAUUUACCAGGAAUUGGUCAACUCCGGUCAAUUGGCGGCCAUAGCUAAAAAGAGCAAGGCUCGAUCGCCGCCGGCGGGCGGUAUGGGUGGAAACUUUAUGGACAUACCCUUGGAUGCGGGCCCCAAUACACCGCCCGUUUCGCCACCGGAACGCCAGGGUAGCAGCCCGGAUUCCAUGCAAAAAAAUAUGAGGAGCGUUUCCGAGUCAAGCAGCAGUGGUUUCUUUGAUCUCGAGGAGAAAAUCAAAGAGCUGCCGGCCCUCAGCUUGGACGCUUACCUGCAGCGCAAACGUAGCACCAAAAAGAAGAAGAAGUUUAGCGGCACCAAGAAACAGAGGAACUCGAACAGCACAAGUGGUACAUCAGCAGCUUCGAAUGCAGCAGCAGUAGAUGCUACGGCAAAAGGAGCAGUUCCAGCAGUUAACGAGCAUCUAGUGAGGAUCAAGCAGCAGCAGCAACUGCAGGCCGUGGGUAGUCAGCGACGAAAGGCGCGCAAAGAAAGUAUCACUCGGCGCGAUGUCAGUGCCAUUGAACAGGAGGUGGCCUCAAUUCUGCCCCUGACCAUUAAUGGCAGCUACUACUUCAACCAGAGCGGCACUCCCAAGGCGGUGAAUGCCUCUGUAACCUCGUCGUCGAACUCGCCACCGCUGUCUUCGAACUCCUCGUCGUCAUCCUCGUCGCUCUCCUCGCAGACGGCCUUCGACGUGACCUCCUCUACCUCAGAUCUACUCAUUCUGGCCGAAGUGGCCGCCAACCGCACUGAGCUGACCAAGUCCAACUAGCGCCUGCAACACCACUAACAUCAGCAGCACCACUGGCUGUCCAGCAUUACCACCAAAUAGUUAGCCCAAAUCAAAAUAGCAAACUGCAAGAUUGUCAUAACUUGGAAAUGAUAUAUUCACAUAUAUCAUAAUCUUAUAAUAUGAAAUUCUGUUUAGAUAUUCACCUAUUAUGUAGUUUUUAAGGAAGAAAAAGAGCAUGGCCUUAACAGUUAUUCAUAUCAUCCAUUACGUCAGAGCUGAGGAAUAAUACUUUAUAUUCUAUUUACAUUUAUAGGUUUUUACAUGAUUUUCGGGUUAAGAGCACACAUAUUUGAAAUAUUCAGUUCUUAACCCCAUAACUGUGCAUUAAUAUUCUAUUGUUUUAAUCAUAUUAUCAAUCGAAAACUUUAAACUGAAUGUAAUUCCCAAUUGUCGCCUUUAUGAUAGUCUUGCGGUCAAGUUGAGCACUCCUUUUCGAUACUUACAAUGCUUUGAGCUAUUUGCUGGUGGUGCCUAAUGGAGAUGGAAAAACAGACAUUCGUUGAUCUACAAUUUAGUCAAUAAUAUUAUGUAAUAACAGAAAAGCAAGCCAGCAGAAGAGAAUGCGAGAAGAGAGUCGCGGCGAUAGUGAAUUAUGUAUUGUUUGUUAUGACGGCGGUAGGAGGAGACCCGCCUCAGUUUCACACGCAUAUAUCUAUAUAUUUGGUAUUUAGAUAACUUGUUCUGUUUUUUUCUUGUUAAGUUUCUCCUUUUUCGGGCCGCGUUCGCAUAAGCAGCAAAAUCAACAGCUGCGAACGCUCAUUACAUGUUAAUUAUUAUUAUUUCUAAUAUGUAGUCGUAACUUAUUGCUAUAUUUGUCAAAACGCAAACAAUUUGCAACAAAAAUAUAUUCAUUUUAAAGUGGAAA